UUUCCGCCGGCUGAUGGCGCCCUAACCGUAAAAAAGCACUUGUUUUCCAACUGCGGCUGUCAAAAAAGUGCAAACAAAAGAAAUAGGGUGUCUUGGAUGUCUUUGGUUUGUUUUCUGGCAAGAAACGGCGUGAGAAGGACACAAAAAUCAGCCCCAAAGUGAUGAUCAGAGAGUGAAGAAGACAUGAAGUCUAACCUGGACGUUUUCCUGCUCAACCACCGGAUCUUCCUCGUGAAGCACUUCUACCAGUUCAACGGGGAUUGUGUGUGCGUGAAGACCAAGUAUGAGAGCAUCUACAAGAGCGAAUCGCCGAUCUUCUCCAGCGACGUCCUCAUGGAGAUUGUCAGUCUGUUCGAGGCGACGGGCAGUGUGUUCAAGCCGCCGGACGUGCAGGAGGACAUCGAGCAGAUCUAUGUGAAGGUGGAGACUGUCGAGGAAGGGAUUGAGAGUGACGAGGAGAAUGUCCUGAAGUCUCCGACGCCUGAGGAAUCCACACAAAUCAAUCCCUUCUGCAACAGUGGCAGCGACAUUUGCAACUCCUCGGAGAAGAACUCCUCCGACGCCGAUACACUCAGCAAUGAGGAGUUUCCCCUGAUUCCCGGCUGCAGAACGGGCGUUCCGGGUGAGAAUCCCGUGUGGUGGGACAAUCCUGAAGACACCCUCGUGACGGAGGACUUGCAGUGGAAGGAGGAGAGUGAUAAAUGUCAGUUUGUGUGCAAUAUUGACCAGUGCCGGAGAGCCUUCAGAUCCCUGGCGCGUCUGGCUGUGCACAGAAUCUCUCAUGAGCAGCGCGAAGAGGUGCGAAAGUGCCGAAAGUGUGAUAAGAUCUUCCUGGAGAAGUAUGCUCUCAAGCGCCACUUCAGACGGAAGCACAGAGAAGUGAAGUUCCACUGUCAGAAGUGCUGGUGCGCCUUCAGGGAUGAGAAGAACUACAGGAAUCACUUGGAGGAGCACGAACUGGAGCCAGGAGUGUUCGAGGAGGCGCCCGAGUCGCCAGAAUUGCCAACAGCUCCCAUUGUCACCAAGGAGAAGAAGCCGGAAAAGCCUCCGAAAGUGCAGCACGACGUCACAGAUCUUGCGGUGGUGCGAAAGAAGCGCAUCGAGCGCUUCCGGACGUGCGAAGUGUGCGGCAAAAUAUGCUCCACGGCGCGAUACAAGAAGCACACGAUGACGCACAGCGGCGAGCGGCCGAUCAAGUGCAACAUCUGCGGCAAGGGCUUCAUCUACAGCUGCGGCUACCAGAAGCACCUGCUCUCGCAUCAGGGCAUCAAGACGGGCGUGAAGCGCGCCAUGUGCGAAAUCUGCGGCAAGAAGCUCACCGGCGAGAAGGUGCUGGAGGCGCACAUCAGGAAGAUCCACGAGCGCCCCGAGCAGGAGUUCAAGUGCAAAGUGUCCGGCUGCGGCCGAUCGUAUCCCAACGAGAAGUUCCUGCGUCGCCACAUGGACAGGCACAGUGGCAAGCUGUUCAAGUGCUCGUUUUGCAAUGUGGAGUACAAGGACAAGUCGCAGCUGAAGAUCCACAUGGACAAGGUGCACCUGAAGACUGAGCCGCCGCAGAAGUGCGACGUGUGCGGCAAGGGCUCGUGGAACAUCAAGGAUCACAGGACACACAUGAGGAAGAUACACAAGAUUGAGGUGCCGUACAUUCGCAAGAAGCCGCAGGACAGUAUUAACUGAUUUUCUUUUGUAAUGUGGAAUUAAUAAGAAAAUGUGGAACAUAA